AUGACCGAACUCCCAACCCCUCCAGCAUCCCGCCAGAGCUCUGAAUCACCCGAGCUUCAGCUUAAGCAGUCUCACGAGGCCGAGUCCUCUGCCAAAGCCUUAGAAAUGCUGGACCAUUCUCUGGAAAGAUAUCUUUUACUCCUGGAUCAGCACCAGAAACUGCAGGCAGAUCUCGCCAAAAAAUUAUCUUCGGGAUUCUUCUCCCUUGCGCAUGCGAAUUAUACAUGUCCGCCCGGUCGACGAUAUGGCGCUGAUUACUAUGACGAGCGUAUGAAGGCGAUCAGGAAAAUGGCAAUACGAUCUCCUCCAUGCGCGGAAAAUAAAAAGAGUAUGAGCGGGGUAGAGGAUAUCCCGCAGGAAGAGUGUCCACUGGACGAGUACAGGCAGAUCUUCGCGAUGGAUGAGACGACGAACGACCAGCGAGUCGAGGAGCCAGAAACAAGCAAAGACAAGGAAGAGGCCGACACGGAAGUCGACAAUACGCGACAGAUUAACCCGAGUGCAACAUCAGAAUCCGACUCCCCAAAAGAGCGACCUCGCUUUUCUGACCCUAUCCAUUGGUAUGGUAUCUUGGUUCCCCCUUCUCUUCGCAGCGCCCAAAGGUCUUUCACAGAAGCUGUGGAGCAAUAUUUGCCCAAGCUGGCCAGUGUGGUUGUGGAGAUGCAGACUGUGGAGAGAGAGGUCGAGCGACUGCGAAGUCAACUACGAUGA